CUUUGCGUGUCGCAUGCCGGGUCAUUAAGAACGUGCAGACUUUUCUGGCCUCAUUCUAAGUAUAUAACUUUAUACAUAGAGUUUAUAUACAGUAUAUUUUUACUAUGAGUUUAACAACAGGAGAGAGGAUUUUGCAAUGGCUUUUCCGUGCAGUAUCCGGCUUUUUCUGCGCGCUUUUUGUUUUGGUGUCGCCGCGACGCAAAGCCGAAAAAGUGCCACCGGUCACCGAUAAACUGCUCCUCAUCUCUGCCAUGCAGCUGGCUGAGAAAAUCCGCCGCAAGCAGGUGUCAAGUGUAGAUGUGGUUCAGUCCUAUAUAGAUAGGAUCCAGCAGGUGAAUCCUCUCCUGAAUGCUAUGGUUAAGGACAGAUUUUCGGAAGCUUUGGCAGAAGCAGCUCAUGCAGACAUGGUGAUAGAGGAGGAGACCGGAGGAGAGGAGGUUCUAGCAGACCGAUUUCCUCUGCUAGGAGUCCCUUUAUCUGUCAAAGAGUCUUUUUUCUUACAGGGUAUGCCCUGCUCCACAGGCCUGAUCUCUCGUGCUGGCUUUGUUGCCAAUACAGAUGCCCCUGCUGUGGCUCUGUUGAAAAGAGCUGGAGCCAUCCCUUUAGGAGUAACCAACACUAGCGAGUUGUGCAUGUGGCUGGAAUCUAACAAUCACCUGUACGGCAUCACCAAUAACCCCUAUGACACAACCAGAAUAUGUGGAGGAAGCUCAGGUGGAGAGGGCAGCGCAGGUUCUGUAAUCGGGAUUGGUUCGGAUAUUGGAGGCAGCAUUCGCAUGCCCUGUUUCUUUAACGGAUUAUUUGGACACAAAGCGACUCCAGGAAUUGUCUCAAACGAUGGCCAGCUCCCUCCUAGCUCUGGGCUUCAGGAUGACCUUCUGAGUACAGGUCCAAUGUGUCGCUAUGCUGAAGACUUGCUGCCUAUGCUGAAGAUCAUGGCUGGAGCAAAUGCAGACAAGCUGUCGCUGUCCUCGAAGGUGGACUUGAAGAAGCUGCGAUUCUUCUCAGUAGUGGAUGAUGGUGGAUCUCCAUGGACAUCUCCUGUGGACAAACAGCUUGUUGAAGCACAGAAGAAGGUGAUUCAGCGACUAGAGGCAGAUUUGGGAGUCAAAGUUAAGGAAAUGAGCUUUCCACAGCUGAAGUACUCCUACCAGAUCUGGGAAACGUGCAUGGCUCUCCCAGAUAAAGAUGGCAAGCCACCGCAGUCUUUUGCAGAGCUGCUGGCAGAUGGAGGCUCAACCGUGUGGCCGCUAUGGGAACUGAUCAAAUGGAUUUUUGGGAAAUCUGACCACACCCUACCUUCCAUUGGUCUGGCUUUAAUGAACAGCAAACCAUCACCUUUCUUCCUCAAGCAGAAGGAUGCACUACAGCAUGACAUGGACAAGGUGUUGGGGACGGAUGGUGUGCUGCUGUACCCCUCUCAUCCUCUCCUGGCCCCCAAACACCAUCAUCCAUUAUUCACAAUAUAUAACUUCUCAUACACAGGGAUCCUCAAUACACUAGGCCUACCUGUUACCCAGUGUCCUUUGGGGCUAAGUGAGGAGGGUUUGCCCCUCGGUGUGCAGGUGGUGGGAGGAAAGCUGCAGGAUCGUCUCACACUAGCUGUAGCUCUGUAUCUAGAGGAAGCGUUUGGAGGAUGGAGAGAUCCAGGAGCCACCUGAGAAACUGGAGCUGGUGGACGCAUGCUGCUUUCAUUACAUCAAACGAUUAAAUAUAUGAACAACGAACCCUUAUUUUCUUUGUGUCUACUGAACAUUAAUAAAUCAAUUUGAGCUUUACAGAAAUGUGUC